AUGCUGCCGUACCUGUUUCUUGACCUCGCCGCCUUCCCCACAGUCGCUGACCUCAUUACGCACCUCCGCACUGGUGACACCCGCUACCGCGCUGCGCUUCCUACUAAGAUCUGUGCCAAGAACCCCCCCCCCCCCCCCAUGUACAUCACCCUCUACUACAUAGUCACCCGGCUCCCUGACUCCCUUCGCUCGGUCAGGGACCACUUCCUCCCUGUUUUCCCCACCACACUCACCGUUGACCUCAUCGAGGAGCGCCUCCUGGCAGCUGAGAAGAUUAUAAUCGCUGUAGGAGCCUCUCGUGGUGACCCUCGUGCCCCCUUCUAUGAGGGGUGCUCCCCCUCCCCCCUUUUGCCCUCUGUUGCCCCUGCUGCUGCCGUCGACUUCGUUGGCACCGAGUCGGUCGGCGCUGCGUCUGCCCCUAGUGGGAGACGUCGCACCGGCAAAGGCAAGGGGGGCAAGGGCGCUGGACGGGCUGGCGGGGGCGGUGGAGGUGGCGGUGGAGGCGGCGAAGGGAGUGGGGGUGGCGGUGGUAGUGGUGGCGGAGGUGGGGGCUUCGGUGGCAACGGUGGAGGCGGAGGCGGAGGCGGCGGCGGCGGUGGCGGUGGGAGCGGAGGAGGAGGCGGUGGAGGUGGUGGUGGAGGUGGCGGCGGCGGAGGUGGAGCUGGUCGAGGUGGCUCUGCGAAGUGGAGCAACUUCGGUGGUGAUCAGCGCCACCAGCAGCAGCGCACUCGCGUCUGCACUAGUGAGCCGUGCGGUGGCCCACACAACACCCAGCGCUGCUUCGGCUGCCUAACGGACGCUUGGCGUCUCCAGUUCCUUGACGCCACUGAGAUCCCUCACUGGGGCAAGCUACUUAGGUCGGGGGUUGCUAUCUUUGAUUUGGAUUAUGAUGCCAUUCUUGUUGCCAUGUAUGUUGUGUCUACUAGUGAUGAGGGUGACUGUUACCUGUGUGUUCCGCCUGACCCGGGCAUUGCGGCUGCUGCUGUAGGUGCUGGUGAGGCUGCUACUCUAGGUGCUCGUGCGUCUGCUGCUCCAGGUGCUGAUAAGUCUGCUGCCCCAGGUGCUGGUGAGUCUGCUCUCUCAGGUACCACGUCGGCUCAGGCCUUACACACCUUCACCCUUGACUCGGGUGCUUCCCGCUCCUUCUUUCGAGACCGCACCGCGCUUACGAUGCUUAGUCGGCCAAGUGCGGUCUCCGUGGCGGACCCCUCUGGGGGUCCUGUCCUUGCCCACUUCUCCACUGUCUUACCGUGUUCGACGGCCCCCUCUAGCACCCUGUCAGGUCUCUACCUCCCCUCGUUCUCUAUGAACUUGGUGAGUGGUGCUGAUCUUCAGGAUAGGGGGGUUGACCAGUUCACUCCUGCGAGUCAGCGGGUGACCCACUGUACGUGUGCUCGGACAGGCCGACACUUGGCCACGUUUACCCGUCGGCCGGGGUCGAGCCUAAACACACUUUCCACUACGUCUCCUCCGGUUGCUGAGUCUGGUCAGGUAGCUUCGUCGGGUCAGGUGUUUGCUGCAGUGUCCGGGUCUGGUCCCGAGUCUGCUCCCUGCUCGUGUCGUCUCCUGUCCCACCGGACUCUCCUCUGGCACCACCGCCUUGGUCACCCCUCCCUGCCUCGUCUCCGAGGCAUGGCCUCCCGUGUCCUUGUCUCUGGUCUCCCCCGCUCCCUCCCUCCCCUCCCUCAGGGGCCUGCCCCUAUCUACGUUCCCUGCGUCGAGGGGAGGCAGCGCGCCGCCCCUCACUCCUCCGAGUUUCCUCCGACAGAGGCUCCGCUGAAGACUCUUCACAUGGACGUGUGGGGCCCCGUCCGCGUCUGUGGCCAGGGUCAUGAGCAUUACUUCCUUUUGGUGGUUGACGACUACUCGCGUUACACCAUGGUGUUCCCCUUGUUUAUUAAGGACCAAGGCAGAGAGUUUUCCUCUGGCCUUCUAGGAGCCUUCUGUCGUGCACAGGGCAUCCGCCAGACCUUCACGCUUCCGGACUCUCCACAGCAAAAUGGGAUUGCUGAGCGCCGCAUUGGCAUGGUCAUGGACGUCGCUCGUACGUCUAUGAUCCAUGCGGCUGCUCCCCACUUUCUGUGGCCGUUUGCGGUUCGGUACGCAGCGCAUCAGAUCAACCUUCAGCCCCGGGUCUCCUUGCCAGAGACCUCACCCACCUUGAGGUGGACGGGGAAGGUUGGCGAUGCGUCUGCGUUUCGUGUCUGGGGAUCUCGGGCGUUUGUUCGCGACUUGUCUGCGGACAAGCUGUCCCCUCGUGCUGUUUCCUGUGUCUUCCUUGGCUUCCCCCCUGACGCGCCUGGUUGGUAG